AUGCCAAAUAUUUCAUGGAUCGAAAUCGCAUCAAAUUUAUUAGGAACAAAAGCAAUCAUACCUUUAACGGAAAAUAAGCUUUUAAUAUUUUCAUCAAGUGAACUUUAUAUACUCACCGAUCAAGGAAAAUACGAGAAAGUAAAUUCUGACUGGUCUAAAAAAAUAAUAGCCGCCACAAAACUCGAAAACUUUGUCUAUGCAACCGACGAAUCCGGGAUUUUAUGGAAAUUUGAUCUUUCCUCAUACGUGUAUACACAAAUCGGCAGCGGUGAAAAAAGAAAUUCCGACUACAGAUACUAUACUAACACAAAGGCUUUAGUGACUUGCGACGGAUUUAUACUCGCUUUUUGCGACUACCUUUGGAAAAUAUACCCCGACGGAAACUCAGAAAAAGUAGGUACCGAUUGGGGAGACACUUGUGCUGCUGUUGUUUUCGGGGACUCUGUUUUUGCCGUGACGACGUAUGGCAAAUUGUACCGCGUCAGUUUAGACGAUUAUAGUUAUGAUGAAGUGAGUGUUGGAUGGGAUAAUACACGGGCUAUUCUGUUGUUUAGAAAUAGUUUGCUUAUUUUUAUGGAUAAGUUGUUUAGACUUGGUUCUCGUGGUAAAUGGGAGAAGUUGAGUGAUGAUACUUGGGAGGGUGUUGUUGCUUCUUGUGCGACUGAUGAAGCUUUGUAUGUUGUUGAUAAUGCUGGAAAAGUUUAUAGGAUUCAACUUCUUAAUUGA